UCGGUGAUUUUUAACCAUGUGCAAUCAUCUCUCAGUGAUCUUUUUUUUUUUUUUUUAAUUUUGAGCGAUUUCGUUGCUUAUAUUGACUUCUCUCCACCGAUCGUUUCUCUGUUGCUUGAUUGGAGACGUUUCCGUAAGAUUUGUUUUAUAGAUUGUAAAUCUAAGUGUGAUUGCUGGUCUCAAUUUGAAUUUAUUCAUGUCUGAUUGAUUUUUCAUGGUAUGAAUUUUUCAUUUGGUUGAAUCAUCUAGGUUUGGCUGGAUUUCUAGGGUUCCGAUCAGCGUGAGUCGGAGAUUUUGAUUUGAAUUUUUCAUAAAAUCUUCCGAAGAACUUAAUAAUUUGACUAUAGCUGUGUUUGUUUAUCUCAAAUUCGAAUUUAAUUAGUCUAUAAGUUUCAUUCGGUAUUGGAUAAGCUGAGAUUUGAAACGCAUAUGAGUUUCUGGGUUUAGAUCUGGAUAUUAUUGAAAUUUGUUUAAAAUUUCUACGACUGAAAUCGUGUAUGAUUAAUAAAAUGGCUAGAAAGAAGACUGAAACUGCAACUGAGCCCUCAAAGGAGAUCAAAGCCAGAGGAAAAUUAACCAGAGCCAAGAAGUGUAUGAAAACAACUACUAAGAAAUUCCAUCAAUCUGGAAAACAUAAUAUCGGAAGAGAGGAGAAAACCCCUUCUCAAUGUUCAGCUAAGCCUCCAUCUUCUCAAGAUCAAAGGCUGUUACAUACCGAUGACCAAACUCAAAAAGUACCUGUCCUUGAUCUCCAUUCGAGCAAAGAGGUUCAACGUUCUGGAAAAAUGAAGUUGCAGCUCUUUCCUUUGGAUGCUCAUACCCGUGAAGGAUUGGAAAAGGAUGGCUUACACCCAUACUUAGAACUCACUCUUAGCUCACGGAAGAAGAUUUCGUCAGUGCUUCAACGCAUUCACAGUAAGUGGGGCAGCUCAGAGAUUGCUCGGGGAGAUCCCACGUUGUACCCUUAUGAUAAAUCGGUACUUGCUUCUGGUCAUAAAUGGGUAGCAAACAGCAACAUCACUACAGGCGAUGUCUAUGAAGCUAUUGGAGCUCCUUUUCUUUUCCGCUUAAGGUAUGGGUGGUCCUUUGCGACUGAAAAUAAAAACAAUGAACCGCCAUCUCCUUCAACUCCAGGUACGGGAAAGCAGAUGUGUGGUUCAGAGAACCCAUUGACAAUGAUGUCCUCUCCAAAUCAAGUGACUGACACACCUCCCUUGGAAAACUUACCGCCUGAUGGACAAGUUGAGUCAACGGAGAAUAAGAUAAACGAUGGAUCUGGUCCGACAUUGCUUUUUUGGGAUGAUGGAUUAACAAGCCUAAGUAUUGGUGGCUUGCUUUCAGAAGUAUCAUUGAAGGGAAACUUUGGAAAUCAUUGUAUAAAUUCAAACGCAGGGAAUGCAAACGCAACUCUCUGGGAAGACAAUCUUACUAACAUAAGCAUUGGAGGUCUGUUUUCUGAGGCUUCUUUACAAGACAGAUGUCAUAUGAACCAUGAGCAGGAACCAGCUCAUAAUAAUAAUGAUGGUCAGACAAGUGGAAGUAUAGGAGGCUUACUCUCCGAAGCAUCUUCUCUAGGAGAGGGAAGGUUUAGUGACUGUAACAAAACUUGGGAAACAAGGAGAGCUAUCAAACAACCACCAUUACAUCUAAUCUCUGAUUCAUUAGAUGCUUUCCUCGUGAACCAAACUCGAGCUCCUUGCCCUGCUCCUCUUCCUGAGCCGUCACAUUCGUCUAUACUUGAUGCAGACGAUACAUGCCAUGCAUUUUCAUUUCGAAAGCGUACCACAAUAAUACCAAAGGUUCACGACCAGGUAAGUGGAGAAGCUGAGAAGGAGCAACAGAAAGAUGAAUCGAACCCCGCAAAACCAUUACUGGGUUCCUCGGUGUUUAAUCAAGACAGCAGCCUCGGAUUAUCAGGAAUCAAGUGGGCUGAAUCACGGGGACCAUUUGAUUUCGGCUUAUCUUCAUCGCGAAAGUUUGCUAAUGGAGACAGCGUAGGCUUUGGAGCUGUGGUAAAAAAUUUGCCGGAAAUGGAGCCUUUAGAAAAGAAAAUAAAGCUUCAAAAGCAUUGAAACUCAUGAACAAUAAUUAUUCCACAGGAAAGGUAAAUUACUAAGCAUGUUUCAUAGAACCUGAAGAUCAUUUUGAAAUAUUUGGUCUCUCACAAAUCGUCAGAAGGGUAACAACUACAGUGAAAUACAUGUCUGGACACAUCAUCAGUGUGUAAAUAUGCUCUUUGAUCUUCUUCACCUUAUGUCUCUGUUUCCUAUAUGUCUAUAUCCCUUCCCAACCUUCGAAUCUUUCAGGAAGCAAGCCUUUUUCCAUGCGUGUGCUCUGCAAAAUACAACAUUUUACAGCAUUUGUUUUCAUUAAGGUCUGCUAAAUUUUUAAGCUUGUAACAAAGACUUUGUCUAUAAUAUUGCAUAACUCUAAAAACUUCAAUCCUAAGUUGAGUAUUUUUAAAAAUCUCUUUUA